AUGGGUGAGCUUAACAAGCCUUCCCUGGGAGAGACGGCCGAGUUCCUACACUUCAAUGUCUCCCACGAUGAAGGCCUUGUUGUCUUUGGGGCUUCUCGGCACCUUGUGGGCGUCGAUUGCAUGCGCUGUUCUCCAAGAGGCAGCAGAGACACAACGCAGUUCCUGCAGCAAAUGAAGGCACACUGCACAGCGAGAGACUGGGCAUACAUCAUGGGCGUCAGGCUGCCAGAGCAGCAAAUAAGAAGAUUCAUGAGGGUGUGGACUGUGAAGGAGGCGUUUGUGAAGGCAAUCGGCACGGGAAUAUACAUUGACCCCGAGAGACUAGAGUGUACAUUUCCCGCCUCGGGCUCUCCUCAGCUGUCUCUCGACAGUAUACCCCAAACUGACUUUCACUUCCGUCUUGAAGAGGAAGAGGCGCCUGAUUAUGUUAUUUGCGUUUGUGUGGGGCCCCCCAGCAGAGCAAUAGAAGAAUAUAAAAAAUGCAUGCAACCAGUAAGAGAGUAA